AUGGAGUCUAGCGUGGCAGGCCCUAGUGCUACUUCUGUUGUGACUCCGACUCUUGGAUCCGAUGUCGCUUUAGCUCCGGAUCCUGCGGUUCCGGCUCUUGGACCCGACGUUACCCCAGUCCCGAGCUCGACGAUUCCAGCCUCCGGACCCGAUGUCCCUUUGCCUGCUGGAGAAAUCGUCGUUCCGGAGCAAGCAUCCGAUGUCCAGGCUCGUCUUGAGGGCUCCCUUCUUGCUCCGAUAGUGGUUUCGGAGGACGCGCGUUUUGAGGAGAUGGGAGCUUGUACUGCGACGGAGCUCGCCGGCCCGUCAUCCUCGGGUGCCCUGGUCCCGAGUUCGGAAAUUCCAGAAGUCCAGGACGCUGGAAUUGUUGCGGAUAAGGGCGGUGAGGAGGUCGGCGAGGGCGACGGCGAGGCUGUUCCUACUUCGGGUGAGUCGGAGAAUGAAGGCGGUGUCCCGGAGGACGCCUAG